AUGAGGGGCAUCGAACUCGCCAAAUAUGUCAAGGCUCCCCAAGAGCUCAAGAUCACGGAGCUGGCUGAUCCCAAGCCCAAGGCCGACCAGUAUGUGAUCGAGGUCCAUGCCGCGGCCACCAACUUCUUCGACAUUCUCCAGAUCCAGGGCAAAUACCAACUCCAGCCUCCCUUCCCCUGGGUAGCGGGCGCCGAGUUCGCCGGCAUCGUCAUCUCCACCCCCGCCUCCUCCAAGAACCCCAAGUUCCCCGUCGGCUCCCGCGUCUUCGGCGCGUCCCAGGGCUCCUACGCCACCAAGAUCGUCGCCACCGAAGUCCAGCUCCUACCCGUGCCCAAGGGCUGGUCCUUCCGCGACGCCGCCGGCCUCUUCGUCACCGCCCCCACCUCGUACGGCGCCCUCGUGCUCCGCGCCGGCGUCAAGGCCGGUGAUUACGUCCUCAUCCACGCCGCGGCCGGCGGCGUCGGCCUCGCCGCAGUCCAGAUCGCCAAGGCCUACGGCGCCACCGUCAUCGCCACCGCCGGCACCGACCGCAAGCGCGAGGUCGCCAAGGCCUACGGCGCCGACCACGUCGUCGACUACCGCGACGAGAACUGGCCCGCCAUCGUCAAGAAGCUCACCCCCGGCGGCAAGGGCGUCGACAUCGUCUACGACCCCGUCGGCCUCGUCGACAAGAGCACCAAGUGCAUCGCCUGGAACGGCCGGAUCCUCGUCGUCGGCUUCGCUGCCGGCACGAUUGAAAAGGUCGCCAUGAACAAGGUCCUGCUCAAGAACAUUAGCCUCGUCGGCAUCCACUGGGGCCAGUACGCCGUGCAUGAGAAGGAGAGCGUCCCCGUCGUGUGGGAGGGCAUCAUGAAGCUCAUCGACCAGGGCAAGUUUAAGGGCACCGUCUUCACCGAUAAGGAGUACGUCGGCCUCGAGACCGUACCGGAGGCCCUCAUCGCCCUCGGGGGUAGGGACAGCUGGGGUAAGGUGGUUGUCGAGGUACCGCAAGGCAAGGGAAACAAGCUAUAA